GUGGCGGCGCGGCGGAGCGAUGGCGGCGGCGGCGGAGCAGGACGGGCCCGGGCGGCGCGGGAAGAGGGCCGGGGAGGCGGCGGCCGAGGCGGCCGAGGAGGAGCGGGGCGGCCGGCGGCGGCGGAGCUUCCAGCCGGCGGUGGAGCACCGAGGGACCACGGUCCUGCACGAAACCAUCAGCACCCGCCCGCAGCCCCUGCCAGCGAGGCAGUUCGACACCAGCACGACGGAACCCAUCAGCUUCUUCUUGUCCGGCCUGGAGGAGCUGCUGGCCUGGCAGCCCGACGGCAACGACGACUUCAACGUCGCCGCUGUGCCGCUGGCCCAGCGCCAGCCCCCGCUCCACAGCAGGAGGCCCCGGACGCUGGUGUGCCACGACAUGCGGGGCGGCUACCUGGAGGACCGGUUCGUCCAGGGCUCAGCCACACGCAACCCCUACGUCUUCUACCACUGGCGGCACAUCGACAUCUUCGUCUACUUCAGCCACCACACCGUCACCAUCCCGCCCGUGUGCUGGACCAACGCAGCUCACAGGAAUGGUGUCCCCGUGCUGGGUACCUUCAUCACGGAGUGGACGGGUGGGGAGAAGCUGUGCGAGGCAUUCCUGGCUGGUGGGGCAGAAGCGUACCGCGCCGUGAGCGACCAGCUGGCCCGCAUCGCCCAGCACUACCGCUUUGAUGGGUGGCUGAUCAACAUUGAGAACACGCUGAGUGCGGUGGCGGUGGAAAAUUUGGCCCCCUUCCUGCGGCAUUUGACUGCGCAGGUGCACAGCGCCGUGCCCGGUGGGCUGGUGAUUUGGUAUGACAGCGUCCUGGAGGAUGGCGCGCUGAGAUGGCAGAACGAGCUGAACGAGCAGAAUAGGGUGUUCUUUGACGCCUGUGACGGGCUGUUCGUCAACUACAACUGGAAGGAGGAGCACCUGGAGCGUACGCGCAGGCUGGCCAGGCAGCGCCACGCCGACGUCUACAUCGGCGUUGAUGUCUUUGCCCGUGGGGAUGUGGUCGGUGGUGGCUUUGACUCCGACAAGUCACUGAGCCUGAUCCGCAAGCACAGCUUGUCCGCGGCCAUCUUCGCCCCUGGCUGGGUCUAUGAGCACCUCGGGGAGGAGAACUUCCUGCAGAACGAGAACAAGUUCUGGGGCUUGCUGGCAGACUACCUGCCCACACACAGCAUCUGCACGCUGCCCCUUGCCACCUCCUUCAGCCUGGGCAUGGGCACCAGCAGGUUCCUCACCGGGAAGGAGGAAGAGGCCGGGCCCUGGUACAACCUGAGUGCUCAGGAGAUCCAGCCCCUCUACACAGAGAGCGAGGGCCAGCUGAUCACCAGCUGCUGCCUGCAGGACGCCUGGUGUGGGGGCAGCUCCCUGCGGGUGCAGGGGACCAUCCCUCCUGGCGAGGAGCGCGUGGCCAUCCGCCUGUUCUCUUUCCAGAUGCAGGCGCCCCCCAAGCUCUUCCUGAACCUGCUCUAUAAGAUGGAGGGGCCGCACCGUGACGAAUUCACAGUUGCCCUGGAGCUCACCACCUGGCACUCGGGUACCUGUCACGAUGGCAACGUCACCCCCCUGCCCGAGCCCCAUGGCCGGCACCACCCCCGGCUCCUCCCGGCACCGCCACCCGGCCUCUCCAAGCUGCUCGCUGCCUGCAGCCGCGGCUCCCAUGGCUGGACCAGCCGGUGCUACGAGCUGGAGCUGCAAGGCUGCUUGCUGCGCGACCUCUCCCUGCUGGUGUCCCGCCACCAGUCCAGCCCGCAGGAGACGCGCUUUACCUGCCUCCUGGGGGAGGUCCGGGUGCUGGAUGCGGCCAGCGUGGCAGCCUCCCCGCCACAGGUGCAGAGCCUGACGGCCUCGCAGCUCUGGUGGCAGGAGGGCCCCGAUGCGCAGCAGCUCUCCCUCAGCCUCACCCUCCGCUGGGCCUUCCCGCCGGGGCGGGCGAACCAUUUCCGUGUGCUCAGCCUGGGCACGCGGUGCCGCCGGGGUCAGCCGCAGCAGCCCCAGCGCCUGGGGCUGGCACACGCCUGCCUGUUCCGCGUCGUGGGGCUGGCAGUGCCCCGGCCGGCGGCGGGGCAGUCCUGCCAGCUGGAGCUCCUGGUGGAGCCGGUGAUGCCCAACGAUCUGCCCGUGGACCCAGACCGCUGGGGGCGGCUGGUGCUGGUCUACUCCGAGCCGGCUGGCGGCAGCAGCUGAGCUGGGCAUUAAAGGCAAACGUGGCACA